GAUCCCACCCGUACUCUCGGUUAUCAAGAUUUUACGCUAAACUGGUACGAAAAAAAAUAAUCCACCCCGAACUCGUCAAGAAACUACUUUACUCCCAAUACGUCUACAUGCCAGAUUUCACUGACGUGAAAAUGAGAAAGUGUACGGUUACAUACGUGAUAUACCCGAGACACAGUGAUGAUUCUGAGGACGAGAAUAGUGCUAGGCUUCAGAUGCCUGAAAUGAAACAGAGAGUGAUGUUAAAAUCCUCAGUGAUGCUGGACGUCAGUUAUGCGAGCAGAAACGAUGUUGGCAAAUAUCCAGCACACUCACCACUGGCAAGAACGCUCUCCUCUCUUGGAAACUUGGGCUCAAGUAUUUCGAAGUCUAGGAUCUUCCAAAACCAUCACAGUUUGUCUGGAGAAUUCUCUUCUACCUCUCGGGUCACAAAUCUUCAACACUUGCGGUGUAGAAACGUCGUUCUAGCAACAAUCCCCUUUUCUUCAUCUAAUGAAAUAUCUAAAGAAUACAGCAAGUUGACUACCAUUCGUGAAAACGCUGGGCUACUAAAUGAUACUUUGGAGACUCUUUCAUUACCAGUCACUAGCGUCCAUUCUUCAGAUUCGGGCAUGGCUGACAGUUGCCAUAUGACAUCAUCGGAAUUAAAUUACAGAUGUUAUGCAAGAGGAAGAAACAAAUACGCUGAGCGUGCACAAAUGUCACACAGUGAGAGCGAGAAUGAUGAGAAUAAAUUUGAGCAUCAGUGCAUCUGUACCUCGCCGUUUGACUCGACUCCUAGGCAGAGUCAUCAGUCUGCUGAAAGUAUCCAGAAUAUGUUUAAAAUUUAUACGUCAAUGAGCGGAACUAUUGAUCCAAAGUUUAAAAGGAUCGACGAGGGGUAUAUGAGAUUUCUUAGUAAUAAUGAUGAAGAUGGCAGAGAGAACCUCGAACUCCUCCAAAUUGAUGAAAAUAUUAAUAGAGGUGGAGACGAGAAUAAAGAUGAUGAAGACUGUUCCAAAGAAAAUACUUUACCAGCUAAAAAUGAAAUGGAUAAGACCCGUUUCACUACUCCAAUUCUCCUUGAGCACCAAAAUAUUUCGAAUAAACAUGGGAAGAUUCAUCGUUAUCCAAAUGCCAUCUCUGUCGGUCAAGUUCACACUGCACCAGUUUAUACCUCCGGACUUUAUGCUCACUGGUGGCUCAAGAAAACCAUACCUAUUGAUGAGGGCACGAAACAAGGCAAGCUUCCAUGGCAUGGCUGUUAUAGUUUUCUAGUUUUCAAAUUUCGUACAACUCAUUUUUUAAAAUAUUCAUCAUCAUCGAUUGAAUGCGAUUUAUUUAUGAUUGCAUACCCAACAGACAUCGCAUUACUAAUAGAGAAUUGAUGAUAGUACAAAUAUUUCAUCCAUGCUUGUAGCCUACAGCCAUGUUAUGAGAAGUUAUGCUUUCUGCUAUAUUCUAUUUUUGUUUGAGUACUAACAAGAAUAUUUAUGAGCGACAGAAUAAUGUGGGAAACGAUUCGGUUAUUAUAUAUUAAGUUGCGUGACUUUAAUCAAUCCUUAUUUAUCUUUUGAUGCAUCGAGAGAUUUCAUAUUUGAUUUGUCGGUAUGCACGGAUGGAAUUAGUAAUUGGAAAAUUGUAGACGAAAUUUUUAAUAUAAAAUCCUUGGAUUUUAGUUGAGAGUUCGUUAGGUUAAA